AUGCUCGAUCAAGCCCCGCAGCGAGUGUGGAGGUCGGCACGGCUAUCUGCCUCGACGGCGAGCUCUACAUUGCACACCUCUGGCAGGACGGCACGUUCCUCUGGUGUACUACUGUCUCCCGCUUAUGUCUGCCCUUCAUGGCGGCAAUUUCGUCCAGCUGUACCGUUUGUCAAAGUUUUGCCUGUCAAUCUGCAGAUACGCCGCUUUCAUCUUGGCCCUCCUUACGAUUACGGACCAGGUCCAAGCCAACUUGCAGCUCGCAAAGCUACACCGUUGGACGACAUCACCAGAUUACGCGAACUCAUCAACCGUGUCAAUGCAACCAACUCAAAGCUCUCCAAAGAACGCAUCCUCUCCGAGUUCUGCGACCUGAUACCCCUGCUCGCCUUUCUGUACGACCCCUACACCCGCCUGCAUGUCACCUCAUCCACUGUGCACAACUACCUCCGUCAAAGGCAAAAAGACCUCGACUGGCAAACCAACCAAGCUCCUCUCGUGACCCGUUCCUCCAACAGCUCGCGAAACAAGACACGAGCAGCUGCACUUCGAGCUAAACAGGAACAAGACGUUCGAGAGCAGACUCCCAGCACCCUUCUCGAGCUUUUCCAGCUGCUAGCAUCGCGUCAAAUCACCGGCCAUGAAGCUAUGGCGGUCAUCUUCAACUUUCUCAACCAGCACGGCAUUAUCGAACAGCAUCAAUACGCCUUGAGUGGCCACGAUGAUCCGGAUUUGUCGACUACGGAGCUCUUUCGUCGCGGUCUUCUCCGGCCUACAUCGCUCGAGAUAUUUUAUCGAUGUUUGGAUCGAAACCUCAAGGCUGGUUUCAGAGAGCGCAUCUUGCAUCAGGCAUUUGCCUCAAACUCCUCUCUCGAUCCAUGGUCGACAGGAAAGGUCUUGGAGCGACAUCAACAAAACACCUUGGAUUCGCCAAUCUCAUUUCGUGGGUCGUUCGAAGUGGCAUUGGGCAAAACAAUAACGAGGCAAGACCUCCCUUCGCUUUUCACGAACGAGGCUGCUCCGCGAUGGUACGCCAGUCGAAAGCUCGAUGGUGUUCGCUGCCUUUUUAUUGUGCAUUUUCGAGCGGAGCAAGCGGAAGGCGAUGCUCGAGCAAUGUGGAAGAUCGCUUCCAUCCAGGCUCUCUCGCGGAACGGCAGGCCUUUUUCCACAUUGGCUGUCUUGGAGAAAGAGCUGGCAAAGAAAUUGACAGUCUAUCCUGGCUUGCCGGAUCUACUUGGCUCAGCAAGCGCCUUGCGCGACUGUGACGAUCCCAAAAACGAGAUGCGUCGGACUGCGACGCUUGUUCUUGACGGCGAAGUCUGCAUUCUUCAGCCUCCGGAGCGAGCAUCGAAACUUGCCGCUAAGCAGCUAGAUGCGGCCUGCACUGAGUCGAGCCAAGACGAAACAGAGCAGACAGUCGUCGAAGACUUUGCGGCCGUUGUCGGCCUGAUCAAACGCAAGAACUUUACCAUACGCGAACCUGCAUUCUUCCCGUUUGACCUUGUCACCCUGGACGAAUUCACCAAUUGGCGAUCGGCAGAAGCACACGCAGCUGCGAACCGCACCUUUUCCAAACGGCUAGAAUCGCUCGAAUCGCUCGUCUCGUUCUUCGAAUCGGAUGCACGAGAGCAAAAGAGGCAAAGCCUCGUACGCAAGCUUUCGCAGACCGUCGUUUCGACAACAGCUUGUGUCGAAGAGAUGCUUGCCACUGCCAGUCAGCGCGGUUGGGAAGGCCUCGUCUUACGUCAAGAUGCGCCAUACGAAGGUAAACGUACGUCGGCCAUUCGCAAGUUCAAGGAGUGGAAAGACGCAGAGUACACAGUGCAGGCCAUUACCGUCACUACCAUGCGCUUACCAAUCGGUGGCAGAUUCCAAGAGCACAAAGCGAUGGCAAGCAUUCAGAUCGAACAUAAAGGAACGCGCGUCUCGGUUGGCUCCGGAUUUACACCGGAUCAGCGUGUCGAGUUUGCCAACGAUCCCGACAAGAUCGUCGGCAAGAUAGUGACGGUGGAGUACUUUGAUGAGUCCAAGACAACUGUAGGCACUUCUGGUAGUGCAGAGCCGCUACAAUCAGAGGAUGGACAAGGAGAGAAAGCAGAUUCUCGAAAGCAAGUGUACAGCCUACGCUUUCCCCGGCUCAAACAAAUUUGGGGUCUAGAAAGGGAUCUGUGA